AAACAAUACAUUGCACGAAAUUAUCUAAUCUUAUAAUAAUAAUACUAAUAAUUAUUUUCAAUAUGUUACAACUUGUUACAAAUAAAAAAAUUCGAAAAAUUGGAACUUUCAAAAUUUAGUUCUUAUGUUACAAACUUCACCUUAAAAAUGAAAAAUCCCAAAAGAAUGGUACAAAACUACAAAUCGGGUCAUAGUAUUCGCAUUUCGGAGUUCCGCUAGAGAGAGAAAGAGAGUUAGUGAGAGCGUGAAAAUGGAAGCAGUGGUAGUCGAUGCAGGAUCCAAGCUUCUCAAAGCAGGCUUCGCCAUUCCCGAUCAACCUCCUUCUGUGAUCAUGCCUACUCAAAUGAAGUGUGUGCCAGAGGAAGCAAUAAAUGAUUUAAAGUUAUCGGAAGAGAUCACCGUUGAUCCUAUUGUGCGGGGUUUUAUCAGUGAUUGGGACGCGAUGGAAGAUUUAUUGCACCAUCUUGUAUAUAAUAGUCUUGGAUGGGAAAUCGGGAAUGAAGGCCAUAUAUUGUUUGCUGAUCCACUAUUAACUCCCAAGGCAGUGAGAGAACGAUUGGUCCAAAUGAUGUUCGAAAAGUUUAACGUAGCAGGCUUCUAUGCUACCGAGCAAGCCGUAUUAUCACUCUAUGCCGCAGGGCGUAUUUCUGGUUGCACGGUUGAUAUUGGUCAUGGCAAGAUAGAUAUUGCUCCGGUUAUUGAAGGAGCUGUUCAGCAUAUUGCCUCCAGAAGAUUUGAAAUUGGAGGUGCUGAUUUAACCAAGCUGCUUGCCGAGAAACUUGGGAAUUCUAAUCCUAUGGUGAAUCUCCGUAUUGAAGAUGUUGAGAAACUUAAAGAGCUAUAUGGAAGGUGUGCUGAAGAUGAACUUGCCUAUGAGAAAUUCCAGCAAUCAUGCCCUAAUGAACAGCAUACUCUACCUGAUGGCCAGGUAAUAAAUGUUGGAAAAGAAAAAUAUGCUGUGGGUGAAGCUCUAUUCCACCCUUCCGUAUUGGGUUUAGAGGCACAUGGCAUUGUUGAGCAGCUUGUUCGCUGUAUAUCAUGUGUACCUUCUGAGAAUCAUCGGCAGUUGCUGGAGAGUACUGUACUAUGUGGUGCAACAUCCUCCUUGACUGGGUUUGAGAGCAGAUUCCAGAAAGAAGCUAAUUUGAGCUCAUCUGCUAUUCAUCCUUCGGUGGUGAAGCCUCCAGAAUACAUGCCAGAGAAUCUGUCUCAAUAUUCGGCCUGGGUGGGCGGUGCUAUACUCGCCAAAGUUGUCUUCCCUCAAAAUCAGCAUGUAACCAAGGCAGACUACGAUGAAAACGGACCUGCUGUUGUUCACAGGAAAUGUUUCUGACUGAUAUCUUUGGCUGCUGCAGUUUUGCUACUCUGCUUACUACACCUAACACUGACAAAGCGAACAGAGGUUUGAACGAGCAAGAACAAAUUAUUGAAGUCUAUUUAUUUACUACCUGUCGGUAGGGAUCGUUUUAGAAGCAUCAUCGUCAAAAAGAGAUGUGUCGCGGAUUGGUAGCUAUGUGAUUUAUGUAUAUUGCUUAAACCAACAUUAGUUUUUUUAAUGUAGCUAUUUGAUGGAGAGAACCGUGUACCCCUUUUAACUUCAAUAUUUAGUGAGAAUUAUAUCGCAAA